CAAGCUGCAAACUUUGGCACAAUUACGCAGCGUCAAAACGCCCCAUCAGAAUGAAGGUAAAUAGGAGAGACGCCCCACUUCAGCUGCUCCGUGUUGUGAUGCGGUGCGUGGAUGUGCGGGGAAAAGUUGGCAGAGUUGUCCACGGUGUCUGGAGAAAAAUGAUUUAGAUGUGUGUGACUGAGUGUAGGUUAUAGGGAGAAAAGAGAGAGAAGUAUGCGCCAGUGGAAUGGUUUUGGUUAAAAGGCGCAGGAUUUUAAGCGAAUAUAUGCGUCUUUUAUCCUAACAAAAAUCCGUAUGUGGAAGUCAAGAAUUAACCUUUUUGGAGGCUGAUGGAAGUUGACGACGGUCCAGACCACCAGUUGCAUUUAUGUCCGAGGGAUUUUGUCAAACAAAUGAGUUUAGUCAUGGAUGAUCAUGGAUCUCAGCCACAUCCACGGCGCUCUGGUAUGAGGGUGUCAACCAAAAGUAAAGCCCCAUCUCCACCAGGACUAAACAAGUUGAAUUCUCCAGGUUUCUCCCAGUGGUACCCAGGAAGCCCUGAAUUAAAAAUGGAUCAAAAGGAGAAUCUUAUUGAUAAAGAACUCUCACUGGUUGUGGUUCUGCCUGGUGGAGUGGAGAAGAUGACCACGGUUCAUGGCAGCAAACCGCUAAUGGACCUGUUAGUGACACUUUGUGCCAAGUAUCACCUGAACCCAUCCAGCCACACCUUAGAACUGGUUACCACCAAAAGGAGCAAUGUCAAGCUCAAGCCCAAUGCUCUCAUAGGAACAUCGGAUGCACAGAAAAUUAUAAUUAAACCAAAAGGGGAGGAUAAAAAUAAGAAGACAGGUCCUCAUAUGCCAGAGGCAACAGUUCGGAUGGUGAUAAACUACAAGCAGACACAGAAAACUAUAUUAAGAGUCAAUCCUCGAAUUCCACUGGCCGAACUCUUACCAGCCAUCUGUGAAAAAUGUGAAUUUGAAAUGGAAAGUACAGUUCUGCUGAGAGAUGCCCAAUCACUGGCUCCUUUGGACUUGUCCAGUUCUCUUAAUGAUUAUGCAAUAAGAGAAGUUUAUGCAAGAGACACAAAACGACAACCUGCCUCUCCUGUGUUUCCAGCCUCUCCAACACAUUCAGGAUCAGUUACGCCUGGCAAAGAUAAAACUCAGAAAGAGAAAGAAAACAAAGGUCUCUUCAGCAUGUUUAGAAAAAGCAAGAAAAAACCAGAACAGGCAAUGACAGCCAGUGCCCCUGCUUCUCCAGUGCUUGUGAGCAAACCUCGACCCCUCAGCAUGGCCUUGCCUAGCUCUCAUUCCUCUCCGCUCGGCUCUUCUACAAUCCCUACUGAUGUGCCAAAGAAGAGACGGGCACCUCAACCCCCGAUUCUUGUGUCUCAGAGCUGCCCCACUGACCUCAGCCCUCGCCAGAGACUCAGCUCUGAACCUAACACCCAACUGGACAGUGAUCAGAUGGCUGGGUUAAGCCGUGGGUCCUCAGCAGAGUCCUCUCUGAAGAGAACCAAACGUAAAGCUCCUCCGCCUCCGACCUCCCAGACUGUUGUUGUACCUGAAACAGUUCCUCAAGAUGAACAUUCCCAAGGCAGUGCUCCUGUUAACACACUGGAGGAGAUAAUGGAACAAGAGGAAGUAAAUGCUUCAGUAAAGUCUGCAACUGCUAGUGAUACCCAGGGAGAGGACAUCAGUUUGUCACCUGAUGUCUCACUUCAUUCCCCAUCCCCAGAUACUGAGAUAGUGAGCACAAUAUCUUUUGAGGGCAAUGGGGAAGAUCAGUCUUGUGAUCUAUCCUCAGAUGGCAACCCACUGCAAAGUACAGUGAAUGAUUCUGAAAAUGUUGAUGUGGAGACAACUGUUGGCACAGAUUCACCUGAAAUUGCAGACACAAAUAGUGGUCCGUGUCCUGUUGAAAAUGUAGACCAGCAGAGCAUAUGUGAAGAGUCUACAGUUGAAAGUGUGGAAGUCAAUAGCGGUACUGUACCCGGUGCCCCCCCUCUGUCACUGUGUCAGCCGGUUAUGCAGGAAGCAGAAGCACAGACCUCUAUUCAGGUGAACACUGAAACACUGGGAGAGCAGACUGACACGCUGGACCACCCAGUGACCACCGGCACAUCACAUACCACUGGAGAGGAUGCUCAAGUGCAAACAGAUUUCCCGUCACUUCCUGUGUCUUCACAAGAACACAUGGACAGUGUUCCUCCUUCAUCAAAUGCCACUGCUUAUGAAUCUGGGUUAAAGAAAGACAUGGCCACAGAGACAGAGGACCUGGGUCCCUCUGACUUCAAACAAGCCUUAUCCAACACCUCAGAGACAUCAACAUGCCAAGACGCAACACCAUGUGCCCCUCCCCCAACGAAAACACCUUCUCUUUAUGCCACAGAUGCUGAGCCAAAGCCUAAGCCUUCCAACGAACUGACAAGGGACUAUAUCCCCAAGGUGGGGAUGACAACAUAUACUAUCGUGCCUCAAAAAUCUCUGGAGAAGCUGAGAUAUUUUGAAGUAGCACUGACACUGGAGACACCGCCUGCUGCUCCUCAGGAGGGACUCAAUAUUAGUUCUCUUCAGCUGGAAGAGAAUGCAUCAUCAAUGGGGCAGACAGAUGUCUCUAAGGAAACAAGUGAGCUGCACUCUCUGAGCUGCAGUGAACCCAGGGAAGACUUAGUGAUGUCUAAUAGCACUACUACUAACGAACACACUGUAAAUGGAAGUAUACCCGAGUCCAUUCAUUCAUCAACAAGUUUAUCUCAAGCAGACAAGGAGAUUUCAUCCACAGCUACUCAGGCUUCUCAAGCAGGUUCACCAGCUGAGGUCAAGGAAAUAAAAAUUCCACCCGCAACUAAACCUAAGCCUGGCUCUUUCCGCUUGCCACAGCACAAAAAAACACCUGGGUAUUAUGUAACUUCAGCAGCAGAGAAAAGUCUCAGUGCCAGUCCUAGCUACAGCCAGAAAGAGGCUCAAGGAAAUGCAGAGAGAGCAAAGUUACCACCCCCUCCUCUUCCACCUCCUGUGCAGUGUCCAGAGGAGACAACAGGGGCCGCUAACGUCAGGCUGAGCCCUAAAGUGGAUGAGAAGGAUGUAGCCUCCACACGAUUAACUAGGCAGUGUAGUUUGCCAUCUAGAGAACCAACUUUAGGGCUAAGCUUGGAAAAAUUAAGGAGCUUUGCAGCCCCUAGGCCCUUUUCCCCUACUACCCCAUCCCGCUUUGCACAGGCUGUGUCCUCUGCUGUUAAAAGAAGCCAGUCCUUAUCUCAUGCUCCACAGUCACCCAAGUCACCACCCUUCUCUCCAGUCGCACGUUCUCCAGUCGUAGAGUCAAAAGGACGGCCAGAGUUCAAGGACGGUGAAACUACAGAGGUUCAUCAUGACAAAGACUCCACAAUACAAGAAGAAGAGAGUGAACUACCAUCUUUCAGUGGGCGUGUUGAAGUGGAAGGAGAGAGCACUGUGUAGACCUACUUUAAUUCUUCUGACGGAGGAGCAUAUCCUGUCUACUAUGACUUCUUCAGUAUCAGCCCACGACAAAGAAGCAAAACUGUCCUUAGUGUUACCUCCAUUGGUAGUCUUCAGCAGUGUAUAUAAUUAAUAAUUACUGUAUUUUUUUCUUCACAUUUCAUUAAGUGAUAUCAUUGUCUGACUCAUAUGUUUUUUUUUCUUUUAUUUUGUGUGUUAAUUCUCCUGCAUUUAAUGCAUUAGUAUUGUCAUGAACAUGAGCAUCAACAGAAUAUUUCUAUAAAUUAUUCAUCAGAUUUCCAGAGUUGUAAUAAUGUUAACUUAAUCCAGAAAAUGUACUUUUUAUACUGGAUAAGUGGGACAGACAAAGUCUGGCUUGUAAUACUUUAAAGUUCACUAUAUGUUGAAUCUGUAUUUAAAUGUUCCAGCGGUUUGAUGAAGCUCUUUGCAGAAAAUGCACUGAUAAGAACAGUCCUCCUGUUCUUUUGUCAAGCAGUGUUGGAAUGAAUAAAGCUUUCAUCAUUCUA